AUGACAAAACGCUCUGCGAACCCCAGCACCCCGAAUCCCCCCAAACGGCGGGCCAACCUCAUCAGCGUCGAGAAGCGCGAGUUCAAAGCCACAAAUAUAACAGACGGCGAGCAUGUCCACCAAACCUGCAUCGCCAUCCACGGCGAAUGCCAGAUAUUCGACUAUUCACAUGAAACCAAUUCCGUCUCUGUUUCUGUCACGGACUGCUUCAACCAAACUCGACCGGUCCAGCAUUGGCCCCUGCACAAGGGCUACUGGAAGGCCCUUGUCAUGCUCGCCCCCGGCCUCAACAAGACUAACCUGAAACUACACCAUGCUGGGGGAAUCCAUGCCUCCGUGCACAUGGCGCUGAAUUAUAUUCCGCUCUUGCAACUGCCGCCACUCCAUCUGGCGAUUCUGGUCGCGCGCGAUUCGCCGCUGCUCACCGACUGCCCGGCGUCCAAGUACGGCGCUAUCUCGACGGCACAUAGCGGUAUUGACGCGGCGAUUGCGAAGCUUCGUAUGGCCGCAUAUAUGUGGCAAGCCCUGACGGCGGAAGACUUUCGGCAGAAAGGUCUAGGCAGGCGCGCGUUCCGGCUGGAUGAGGAAUGGGGUGUUGACACGACGGUACGGGCUGGGAACAAUGGGGAGAAUCGAACAGGCUCAGUAGCGAAAGUGCACAUCAUCCGGUCAGAGAAGACGCUCGCUGAGCUUCGCGACCCGCAGGUGGCGCAGCAGAACCGCCGUGGUAGCGACAGGGAUGCACUGCAUGGAUACUUUGAGACAGCGCUGUUGAAGUCGGGGGCGCCGUUUGAGUCCAAGACUCGGCCUGUCGUGGCGGGGAUGUUGCUAGACUCGCAUUAUGAUGUAGAAAGGUCGCUUCUUUUGGGUCACGCUGCUCUGGGUUGCCAUAAGCCCUAUGGCCUGUCCUUGGGGAUGUUUGGGAGUCAUCUCACAUACUCUUGGCCGCGGUUUCUGGAGGAGAUACCUGCCUGUUUGACCGAUCUCGGGUAUCCUGGCGACAAUGUCUCUAACGAUAACUGGGAAUGCGGCACGACCAGUGCAGCUUGCUUCGUUGGCCAGGGCGCAUUUCUUCAUGAGGUUGGCCAUGCCUUUGGCGCGGGUCACACAACAGGGAUCAUGGCCAGAGGAUAUAGCAAGUCCUGGGCGAUGAACUUCAUCGAGCACGAGAGCAACGACAGGCUAACAAACAAGACCAAGUGGGAUUUGAGCGACCUCCUCAAGUUCAGGUUGCUACCGCAUUUUGCACUGCCCGGUGACGAGUAUCCUGUUUCCAGCGAAUUCAAAAAUGCUGCUGUUAGCAUUGAUGCCGACUCCGAGACACACAGUGCGCUGGCCGAUGAAAGUUCUGAUGAAGAGCCCGAUGCCAUCCUCAAGGUGUCCUGUAAGGCAGGGCUCGCACUAGUGAAAGUCCAGAAUGGCCUGAAUGAUCCCAAAGAGUACAACUUCGUAAAUGAGGGAGGGAACUACCCCCCUCCGUCAACCCUGCACAUCAACACGACAGUCGAACAAUUCGACCGCCCUCUGGGCAUGAACGGCACGGAGCGGAUAUUCCCAAAUGCCUGGAAGCUUCUGCAACAGAAGCCCUAUAUCCGGAUCCCGGGCAGCCGCCUGGUUCUGCGCAAACAAUCAGUGGCGUCCGACGGUUUCCAAGAAGGCAACAUUGACCAGUAUAUCGGAUGGGCUGUUCUUCUUAAAUAUCGAUCAAAGAAGGAUGGCGAACUAUAUCGCGCGACAUCCAUUGAUCUCCGCGUAGGAUGUACCAUGGACGGUGCGGUCGUUCACUAUGAAGACGGCAGUCAUCAGAAUUGCGGGCCUGCGCGCGAUGAGCAACACGGGAGAGAACAUCAGUUCGGUGGACACGCCUCAGAGGACCACGAUAUUCCUGACGGUGAAACUGUUUCCAAGGUGGCAGUCUCUAGGACCAGGAAAUCGUGGGGAAGCCUCUCCGGUAUUCGGAUGACGCUCAGCAAUGGUGAUGAAUGGGGUUGUCUUAACGGGGACUGGGACGAAGAUGAGGAUGAGGAUGAUGAAAGCCAACAAGGGGAAGAUGAGCCUGUCGUUGCGCUUGAACCGGGACACAAUGAGAAGAUCGUGGGUUUCUUCGGGCACAGUGACCGCAAUUCAGGAUUCACUUAUCAGUUUGGUAUUUUGACGGCACCCAAGGGGGUCGACUUGCCGGAGGUCGUCUAUGAUAUGCCAGAAUUGGGCAAUUUAUAG